GGAGGUGGUGUGAUUAACCUGCCCACGCAUGGACAAGAAAGAUAGCGAUCCUCUUACAGAUGCUGCGUCCUUGUUUCUCUGAAAGCAGAGGGUGAAGAGGAGGGUAACUGAUACCCAGAUGGAUCAUAAACAAUAGAGCAAGAAGAAGUAGCAAGGUGCUCUGCGUCAUCUUUUGUCUCUGCACUGAUUUAUAAGAGCGUCCUCGGUGUGUCUGAUGUUGAUUUUUCUCAGUGCGCACACGCAAAACUUGAUCACUUCAUAGGCCCGAUUUGAUUGGACGAUUUGUUUUAAUGAGCUCUGCAGCGCACCUAGUGGUCAGAGGCGAGCGGAACAGCAGCAGCCGCUCACUCCGCUGUUCACCGACUGGAGGAAGAGAGCACAGCCAACUCCUCGACUCCUGCACAGCAUGAUGGACGGACGAAACACCGCGAAACACUUAUGAUCUCAGUCUCUUCCCCAUAGUCUCUGUCUUGUCAUGUGAUCAGUCAUUCAGUCUGAUCACCAGAGCUCUCAGUGAGACAUGGUAUUACCUGAAAAAUCCUCCAGAGCACCUGCUCCCAAAAAGACCCCCGAGCAGCACGCCCUGCGGCACCAGAGCCUUCCCUCCCCGGCCCUGUGCUGCGCCUGCGGCCUGUGCAUCAUGCUGGCGGGCAUCAACAUCACCCUGGUGGGAGCUUUCGCCCUCACCUUCAUCCCCACUCGCAACCCCCCCAUCGUCAUCGGGCCUCUUCUACUGUUGGUGGCACUGGCUUUCUUCACGGCCUGCUGCGUGGUCAGCAGGAGGCCUCCGGCGCACAUGGCCAGGAAGGCCAAAGGAGGCGAGAAGUGGGGGCUGAUGCGGAUGGGUACGGCGGCAUUUGAGAUGGAGACGAGCGAGCACACCCUUCAGGACACAACGGCCGUCCAGCUCAGCCCCACCAACUCCCCCAGCUCCUCUCAGAAGUCAGGCUCCAGUCACGGAGACGCAGCCACCGCCGCCGCCGCUGCCGCCGCCGCCGCCGCCGCCACAGUCCCACCUUCCUGCCAGGAUGGAGCCGGUGAGCUGGACAUGUCAGAGAUCUCUGACACGGAGGUCACUGGAGAUAAACCAAGCAAAGAUAGGAGCUCCACACAGAGGCUGCCUGAGCAGGACACUUCUGCAACGUAGCAGAGGGUUUUUAUGUGUAAACUGAUUGUGAUUAACAGGAUUGAUAUUUGUACAUAUGAUUAGACAAGAGACCCUGAUCAAUGGCCAACAGACCGCCUGCCUUCAGACUAAAACAUGUUUGGAAAAUUAGCUCAUUCAGUGUGUUCAGGAUGUUCCUAUAUGUUUAUUGCUCUGUUCCAAGAUGCUCAUUGCGUUGCCAGUAGCAGCAAUAGGAAUGGAGAUGAUACCUUAAUCCAAGUGAGUGUUUGUGUGUUUCCUGUUGUAUGAAACAUCCAUCUCAGGCUGAUUAUCCUCUAUUCAUGUCCUGUGGAUUGACCGUUGUUAGCGCUUGUCACCUUAUGAAAGGAGGAUGAGCGUGUCCAGCGAGGCUUCUCUGAGUUUUAAAAGCUGUUGUUGUGUAAGCCCGGUAAAGCUGUGCCACAGGUUUUUCCCACACUUUUAUAAGUGCUCUCUCUCUCUCUCUCUCUCUCUCUCUCUCUCUCUCUCUAUCUCUGCUUGCAUCAGCCGCAGUGAGUAAUGGUGCAACCUUGAGCCGUGUAUUCAGUAACAAGUCAGUGUUCGGUGUGCUUGUCUGUGCCUGCGUUGCAGCGUCGUGACAUUAAUUGUUACCACAAAUGUUAUCACAUGUUUGGGACACAUGUACGUUCACAUGUACUUCACUGUAAGAAGCUUCAAUAAAGUAUCA